UUCUUGCGCGACCGAUUAGGUUUUUUUUUUCUGGAUUUCCUCCGCCCAAAAGCCGUUUGAUCCUAACUGCACGAGUUGGGACAAAAGCAGAACAUGAUGAUGACCAAACCUUAUGGGAAGUCUGUAGAUAUGACUGAUCUUGUAAGAUCUUUGGGCUGGAUUGAGGAGGACCUGAGCUCUCAAGACGGAGACCAUACGCCUGAGACGGGGGGCCACUACGACCUGAACAGGGGUAACCAUGGCCCCUUGGAUCUUGGCAGUGAGGACAUGGAGGAGGAAGAGGAGGAAGAGGAGGAAGAGCCUGGUCUGGACGGGGAGAAGGCCCCUAAACGGCGGGGGCCCAAGAAGAAGAAGAUGACAAAAGCCAGACUGGAGCGCUUCCGAGCCCGCCGCGUGAAAGCGAACGCCAGGGAGCGCACACGCAUGCAUGGCCUGAACGACGCCCUGGACAACCUCCGGCGUGUCAUGCCCUGCUACUCCAAGACGCAGAAGCUGUCCAAGAUCGAGACGUUGCGGCUGGCCCGCAACUACAUUUGGGCACUGUCCGAGGUCCUGGAGAGUGGCCAGUCUCCCGAGAGUCACGGCUUCAUGGAGAUGCUCUGCAAGGGUCUGUCGCAGCCCACCAGCAACCUGGUGGCCGGCUGCCUGCAGCUGGGGCCUUCGGCCGUGCUGCUCAACAAGCUGGAUGAGGAGUGCGGGGUCCCGGUAGCUGGGGGUCUCCCACCCCAGGCUCACACGCUCAGUUACCCAUCCGCUGGCCUGCCCAGCCCACCCUACGGCUCUCUGGAGGCCUCACACCUGCUGCACAUGAAGGGAUUCAAAGGGACUACGUACGAGAGCCACUCGCCCGACGAGCGUGGCAACGGCACGCCGCCGUACGACGGCCCGCUCACGCCACCACUCAGCAUCAGCGGUAACUUUGCCCUCAAGCAGGAACCCUCGCCACAGGAGGCGGAGAGGAACUACACGCCGCACCCGGCCCACUACCUCGCCUGCCAGCGCUACCAGCCUGCUCCCACGGCUGGGCAGGCCGGGUCUCCGGGCCACGCGCUGUUCCCCGGCUCCCGUUACGAGCUGCCUUUAGACAUGGCCUUCGAGUCAUUCGCCCCGCCGCACAUGGUGACCUCCCAGCUAGGUGCCAUUUACAGCGAAUGA